CAAAGCCCUAACUAACUCUGAAUCUUCCUCGAAGCCACCGCAAGACUCUGUAAGAAGAUUGAUUCCAUCUAUGGCGGACGUUGAGAAUCAACAGGACUCUUCGUUUCCAGUGAAGAGGAAAUCGGAUCUCUGUUGCCAAGACCAGGAUAAUGUGGCGAACAAGUCUCAGAAGCUUAAUCCUCCGUCGAUUUCCGCUGAUUCUGAGUCCAAAGACGGAGAAAUUAAUGGAAACGGCGGCGAGAAUCUGAAGAUUGAGACAGAAUCAUCGAUUUCGCUCGAGAAGGAAGCUGAAGAGAAGCAAGUCGAUGAAGACGAGGAAGAAGAAGAGGAGGAGGAGGAGGAAGAGAUUGACAGGAAAGGGAAAGGGAUAUCGAGAGAGGACAAAGGAAAAGGUAAAAUGAUCGAAGUUGAUGAAAGUGACGAUAGUGAUGAUGAUGAUGAAGACGAUGAAGAUGGUGAUGAGUACGAUGAAAGUGAUUUGUCUGAAGAUCCUUUGGCUGAGGUUGAUUUGGAUAAUAUCCUUCCGUCAAGGACUAGGAGACGAUCGUUCCAGCCUGGAGUCUACAUCUCCAAUGACCGUAUCGGAAACCACGAGGAGGAGGAGGAUGAUGAUAGCAGUGACGAUAGUGAUGCUUAAGGUUGGUUAGUGUUAAGAGAAUUUGUAUGUUCAGUGACUAUUGGUUAUAAUCUAAUGUUUCGAAAGCUUUGGACCAACGUGAGCUAUAUUAUAUAUAUAUGUCUAUGAUCUUAUUGCAUUUUUCAAC